CGCUCAGGUACGAGAUGUGCGUCCUCUCCGGCAACUACGCCGCCGCACUGCAGGCCGGAUCGCUCGAGCUUUGGACGCGUCGCGGACAUGUCCGGGACGCGGCACGGGGUCGGUAGGUCUUUGACGAGCACGAGGAGCUGCGCAAGUCGCUUUGGAAGCCUCGGUACACGCCCGUCUCCUUCUCGCUCCUGCUCGCCGCAGUGGCGCGCGAGGGCGACGACCUGCACAAGCGGAUCCAGCAGCUGCCGCGCGUGCUCGCGCUGAUGGACCGCCACGCCGUCUACCCGCGGGCAGAGGCCUGCGAGAAGCUGCUCUCCGCCUGCAUCGCCACGCGCGAGAUCGGGCUCGCCGCCGAGGUGAUGAGCCUGAUCGAGCGCGUCGGGCAGGACGUCGACCCUGAGAUUGCAGCGCGGGCGAGGCGCACGAUCGGCGAAGGCGAAGGAGGCGCGGCCCGCAGCCUUGACGAGCCCGCUGUGGAAGCAAAGCUCGAGAGAAGAGACAGCAGCAGCAGCUGAGAGCCUGCGGCCCGGGAGCGAGCAGCGUGCUGCUCCUGCCGUCGGCGCGGUUUGCGCGGGCCAUUGCCCAUUGGCAUUGCCCAUUCGACACGACUGUUGAUCUCUCGCGAAUCUCCGAAUCUCUCAAGCAAGCGGCUGAUACGUUCUUUCACGUAAAUACGUCAGUACAUACA